UAAAAGUCACCUAAAAAUUGGGGCGGGGAAAGGAAGCUAUAGUUACGAAGGAGAACUAGCUGCAAAAGGUUGGAGCAAAAAGAUUGGGAGGCCCGCGGGUGCCAUAACCCACAGGGAAGGGAGCAGGUACCAGUGCAGCAAGACUUUUUCACACUUCCCUGACUCCUGAAGGUGCUGGACAGAAACAUGGAUCUAAUUUCCCCGACAGUGAUUAUUAUCCUAGGUUGCAUUGCUCUUUUCUUAUUCUUUCAGAGGAAGGACGUACGUAGACGCCCGUGUAUCAAGGGCUGGAUUCCUUGGAUUGGAGCUGAAUUUGAGUUUGGGAAAGCGCUUCUAGAAUUUAUAGAGAAAGCAAGAAUCAAGUAUGGUCAAAUAUUUACAGUCUUCGCAAUGGGAAACCAAACGACCUUUGUUACUGAAGAAGAGGGAAUUAAUGUGUUUCUAAAAUCCCCCCAAAAUAGAUUUUGAACAGUGCAAAAUCCUGUGUAUCAUACAGGGAAAAUGGAGACUUUCAAUCUCUAUCAAUUCACUGAGCAACUGACUGAAGGAUUACAUGAACAACUGGAGAACUUAGGCACUCAAGGGACAAUGGACCUGAAGCAAAGUGAGUUUUUUUCCUCAUGUAGAAACUGGUCAAAAUCCAAAACGUGGCUCGUAGCACUGUGUGAGAAAAGCAUUCCAGAUAUAAAACCAUACAAAUCUGAAGAGGAUAAUUCUGUGACAAUAAUGUAGGCUGUGCUGGACAUAGAAAUGGAAACAAAUGGACAAACCUCUCCCAGUUAUGGGCUCUUAAUGCUUUGGGCUUCCCUGUCUAAUGCUGUUCCUAUUGCAUUUUGGACAUUCACAUUUGUCCUGUCUCAUCCUGAUAUCCACAAGACCAUUAUGGAAGGCAUAUCUUCUGUGUUUGGUGCAGCAGGUACUACACCUGAGUUAAAUGACAUAAUUGAAGACACUUCUGAUAAUGUGUACUUAUUGCUGUUAUUGGCUGAAUACCAUGUUUUAUAG